UCGUAUCAGUUUCCCUCUCCGAUCUCUAUCGUUUCAAUGGCCGAAAUCCGCCAUCAUGAUUCCCCUUAUUACUUCGGCACUCAGUCCCCUUACUACGGCUCGCAGAGGCCCUACACCGCCGACUCUGGGACCUACCAGGCCGCCAAGGUCGCCACUGCUGUCACAGCCGGUGGCUCCCUUUUGAUCCUCUCUGCUUUGAUCCUUGCCGGAACGGUCAUCGGCUUGACUAUUGUGACUCCACUGUUCGUGAUAUUCAGUCCGGUGCUGGUGCCUGCUUUGAUCUCUGUGAUCCUCUUGGGCUUGGGCUUCACGGCCUCUGGUGGGUUCGGUGUGGCGGCCGUCACUGCGAUAGCGUGGAUCUACAAGUAUGUCACCGGCCAGAAUCCCGCAGGAAGUGACCAGCUGCAAACGGCGCGUAACAAGCUCAUGAAUAAAGCGCGUGACAUUAAGGACUACGCGCAGCAGAGUGUCGCCGGAGGACAGACGUCGUAAAACCUGCACACGCGUGCACUGGAUUUCUGCCACGUGCCUGAAGUAGAGAAUUGGAAGUCAUUACAUCACAUUUUGUGUGUUCUACAUGUUUCUUUUUCUUCUUCCACUUCUCUUUGUUUAGUUUCUUUUCUUUUGUCUGUUUUCUGUGGGUCAUGAUCUUCUCAUGUCUUUGGAGCUGAAUCAAGGGGACCGAGGACUUUUUACUUUUUAUAAUCCAAGUUCUGAUUUAAUUCAA